AUGGCGGACGGUAAAGCCAAUGGCAGCAUCAUUGGAUGGACUGCUGCGAUAAUUGUGGUGGUGAAGUUAGGAUGGAAUGUUGGUGCUGCUGUUGGUGUUAGUGGUGGUGGUGGUGGUGGUGGUGAUGGUUUUAGGUUAGUUGGCUGGUUGGCUUGCUGUGGUAUGCAUAGUGGGACAAGGCAGGAG